UAGACACCAGUAACUGAGUCUUUUCUGUCUCUUCAUUUUUAUCUACAGAAACCCGUGCCACUGCCACAUAAAGAGAGUCUCCUCUCCGCUCCGCUCCUCUCCUCUCCUCUCAAUGUAACUACUCUAUUCUCUACUUCUCGCUCCUUCCUAUCUGUUUAGUAUAUUUAUUUCACGCACACAUGUGAAGUUGCCUUUUCUCUGGAAUAUCUCUCUCUCUCUCUCUCCAUACUGCAAUGGCUACUGAUUCCUUCACCAAGGAAAGCGAGUACUUUCCAGCUGCGAAUUUUGAUGGAAGUUGCGAUUUGCCUGUUGGAGACUCGUAUUUCCAGUCACUAAAGCCGAGUUUUGACGAGGUCACCCAGCAUUGUUCUUUAGAUGCUUUGCCUAUAAUCAUUGAUGAGGCGUCGUUUCCGGUUGAAGAAAAAUGUGCCUUUCGCAAUUCACAUGGCCAAGAUGUCUUUGAUUUUUCGAUGCUGUCCGAGGAAAGCAAGACCACUUCACAAUUUACAUCUCAGCUAGCCUUUCUAAGCUUUGUAGAGCUUCCUUUACCACCGAAGAAGCAGAUGUGCUUAGAUGCUCAAUUCAGUUGCCAUAACUUCAUUGAUUUACAGAUGGAAAGUGAAGAUUCUUAUUCACCAUGCGUUGUGGAUAUAGAUAUUGAGAUGGAAACUAUUGCAAAACCCAAAUCUGGUGGUAUAACUGUUGGAAGUAUAGAAAACGAAGAUCCAUUAACUGGGGUGGUGCAGAGACAGGCAAACCUGAAAACAUGUGGGAGAUUCAUGCAACUUUUUACAAAUCAUGGAUCAUCAUUGCUGAAGUUAAUUUCUAAAGGCAUACAAGUCAUUCACUGAGAGAGUUCAUGAUACACCAAACAACAGAUGGAGAAGAUAUAAGCGUGCAUCCUCAUUUGAUUCAAGAAAAAUUGUUCUCCUAUUCUCAAUCAUGUAAGCUCUAAAUUCAAAAGCUAAUUAUACAGCAAAGUUUUAGUUGUUGCUUUUUCUUUGCUCCACCUCAGUGCUUCAUUAAUUCUAUUAAGUUUUCCGGUGCCUCCCAUAGUUGUAUAUGCAUUGCCAACAUGCAUCUAGUAAGGUGGACUGAAAAUGUGAUAGACAGUAAUUAACUUCAAACUCUUUUUGCACUGAUCAUCAUUUACUGACCAUGUUCUGCAAUUAGUAACUCAUUUUUAUGUUUAAGAUGGAUACUUCUGUGGAAAUCUACAUGAAAGUAGGGCUGCAAUCCUAAUUGGACUUGUGUAGAUAAGCUUGUUUAAGGAUAAAAUUAGACUGUAAUAUCACUUGUCCAAUGUAGGAUCAUCAAUCAUCAAGAAUUGGAAAGCUUGUGACCUGAUGUUUAAGGAUAAAAUUAGACUGUAAUAUCACUUGUCCAAUGUAGGAUCAUCAAUCAUCAAGAAUUGAAAAGCUUGUGACCUGAAGAUUGUUUGCCAUUGACCAUUGAUUACCAUGGUAUAAUGAUGGUUUAACAAAAAAAUGGUCUUGUCCUUUAUUUCAUUGCACUAUUAUACUAUGUGUAACAACAUUUCAUUCUGAAUGGCAAUAACAGCAUCUUAUAACUGUAAAGUCGUCCAUUUUAACUUUAAAAAGCAGAAAAAAUCAUGUUUUGCUCCAGUCUUCUGAGUUUGUUUUUCAAAACUAGCACAAUGCCCAAAUGUUUUUGGGGAAAUAGCACAAUAGGAAACUUAUUUGGGGAAAUAACACAUUUAGUCAUUGCGACCAAUUUAAAUUUUAAAUGCUUUAAAUUUGAAAAAAAAGUUGCUGUCAUUCUCGCGCAUUUAAUCUUUUUUUUUAAAAAAAUUGUACUUUGCAUUAAUAAAUAUGUUUUUUCUUUGCAUUUCUCAGAUGCUAUUUUAUUGUGUUUCUUGCUUGGAAUGAAUACAAUGAAAUAUCAUUUUGGUUAUGCAUGGGAAUCUGUGAUUUCUAAUUUGUGAAGUGGGAACAAAUGAUUUUUCCAUGCACUUCAACAAUGAAAUUUAUCAUUUUGGUUAUGCACUUUACAAAAUGAUUGUCCCAUGCACUUCACUAUAUGAUAUUUCUUUCUGUUCACAUGGUCAAGGCAAGAAACAAAAUAAAAUAGCUCUUUUGUGAAGUGCAUGGGACAAUCAUCUUUAUUAAUGUAAAGAACAAUUUGUUUUUUAAAUUUAAAGGAUGUGGCAAUGACGCUGCCGCAACCUUUAAAAUUUAUUUUGGUCGUGCCGCAGCUCAAUGAAUUGUGUUAUAUCCCCGAAUAAGUUUUUUACCAUGCUAUUUCACCCAAAAAAAUCCAGGCACUGUGCUAGUUUUCUGAAAAAAAAAAAAAAAUCUCCAGUCUUCAAUUCUCUCGUCUUUCUCAACCCCUUCAUGCAAAAA